AUGUCUCAACUCGACGAGAAAAAGAAGAUGAGAGAAUCUGUUUACGAGGAGACUGAGAAGAGUUCUGCUUCGUCGAGUCCGGAUCUUACACCUACACCUUCAUCAUGGUCGGAGAAGAGCAUACGAGAGCCUCUCGAGGAAGAAGUCUACGAAUCAGAGACACGCCCACAAUCUACCGACUUGGAGAGGACGCCAACAAAUGUUCUCAACAGAAUCGCAUCGCGAGUAACGACACAUUCUCUGAAGGAACCUGGUCCACCACCCGAUGGCGGCUACAGGGCAUGGUUACAAUGUGCUAUGGCAUGGCUGGUCGUCUUCAACACGUGGGGCUUCUGCAACUCCUUUGGAACUUUCCAAACGUACUACACUCAAAGCCUUGGNGAGAGUCCUGCCACCAUCUCAUGGAUUGGAUCAAUCCAAGUAUGGGUGCUCUUUUUCCUCGGGACUUUUGCUGGCCGUGCAAUGGACGCUGGGUAUUUCGUGCCUACUUUCGCUGUGGGCACUGUUUUCCAGCUCGUCGGAAUCUUCAUGACAUCGCUCUCCACCAAAUAUUGGCAACUAUUUCUCGCUCAAGGUGUCUGCACUGGAAUCGGUUCUGGAAUCUUGUUCACACCUUCCAUGGCACUUCUAAGCACCUACUUUUCCAGUCACAAAGGUCUUGCCGUGGCGCUGGCCACUACUGGCAACUCUGCUGGUGGUGCUCUAUACCCGCUCAUCGCUCGCCAGCUUCUGCCUCAGAUCGGCUUCGGAUGGACCAUCCGCGUGCUAGGUUUGAUCAACCUAGUUUUCCUGUGCACCGCCGGCCUUGUCAUGAAACCCAGACUUCCACCUCGCAAGUCUGGACCUUUGGUGGACUUCUCGGCGUUCAAGGAGAUUGACUAUAUGCUCGUCAGCAUCGGCUUAUGCUUCCACAUGUCGAGCUUGUACUUUACAAACUGGUACAUUGCAUCUUAUGGCCGCGACAUGCUCGGAUUCUCUUACUCAAACUCGGUCAUUCUGCUUAUCAUUCUCAAUGGUGUGGGUAUUCCUGCUCGCGUUCUAGCAGGCCACGUCGCAGACCGCUACCUCGGCGCCCUCAAUACUCUUAUCCCCGUUCUCCUCUACGUCAACGUCCUUGCCUUUUGCUGGAUGGGCGUCUCCUCCCAAACCUCUCUCUACAUUUUCGUCUCGUUCUACGGUCUCGGACUAGCGGCUUUCCAAUCCCUUAUCCCCACCACAGUCGCCAGAAUGACCAAGGAUAUCAGUAAAGUGGGUACGAGGAUGGGUAUGGUCUUUACAUUCUUGUCCUUUGCUUCUUUGGUGGGGCCACCUAUUGGAGGUGCUUUGCUUUCUGCAGACGGAGGUAUCUAUACCUAUGCGCAAGCUUGGUCUGGUGCCUCUGCUGCUGUAGGAACAGCUCUUGUCCUUGCUGCGAGAAUCUACGCUUUCGGUUGGGGCAAGGUAAAGUGCUAG